AGCUCACUCUUGACUCUCAUUUCUCAUUUUAAAAUUAUUUAUUUGUCUGCUGUGGGACGUUAAUUAUCUGGUGUUGUCAAGCAGGAAGGGCGCGGAAAUAUUUUUAAAAGUUUAUAGGCCAAUUAUUACAAUAAAAUAAAAUGAGUGAUAUUAUAACAAUAACAGCUCCAGUUAAUAUAGCAGUGAUAAAAUAUUGGGGAAAACGCGACGAGGAAUUAAUUUUACCGUUAAACGAUUCCGUUAGUGCCACUUUGGAUACUAAUGUUAUGUGCGCUAAAACUUCUGUAUGCGCCCGGCCGGAUAUUAAUGAAAAUGAAAUAUGGUUGAAUAAAAUUAAAGAAUCUUUCAAUAACAAACGCCUGCAGAAUUGCCUCAAUGAAAUAAAAAGGAUAGCGAGAGUGCAAAAAAGUGUUGAUGAAGAAUUUUUGUCGUGGAACGUGCGUAUUUAUUCGGAGAAUAAUUUCCCGACGGCUGCUGGGUUGGCGUCUUCAGCUGCAGGAUAUGCAUGUUUGGUAACAGCUUUGGCGAUACUGUAUAAAAUUAAAACUGAUAUUAGCACGUUGGCUCGGUUAGGUUCAGGAAGCGCCUGCCGAAGUGUUUACGGUGGUUUUGUAAGAUGGCACGCUGGGGUCAAACCAGAUGGGAGCGACUCCAUUGCUUCCCAAAUAGCGAACUCUCUACACUGGCCAGACAUGCGGGUAAUCAUCCUCGUUGUUGCCGACACUAAGAAACAUACCAGUUCUUCUAAAGGUAUGCAGUGUUCUGUAGCCACAUCUGAGUUACUACAGUAUAGAGUCCUGCACUCUGUACCUAAACGAGUAGAUGACAUCUGUACAGCCAUACAGAAAAGAGACUUUGCAAAAUUUGCAGAGAUAACUAUGAAGGACAGUAACCAAUUCCAUGCUGUGUGCUUAGAUACCUAUCCACCCUGUGUUUACAUGAGAGAUAUAUCACACAGUAUUGUUGAAGUGAUACACAGAUACAAUGAGAUAUGUGGGGAAGUUAAAGUGGCAUACACAUUCGACGCUGGACCAAAUGCGUGUCUGUAUUUAUUAGAGAAAGAUGUGCCUGAAAUUAUUUCCCUAAUCAAACAAGUAUUUCCUACUUCAAAUCCUGAAUUCAUUAAAGGUCUUAGCACUCAAGAAAGCCAGGAUAGAGAUUUCUUGAACCAGUUCCCAAUAAAGCCUUUUGAGAAGGAUUUACUAAAGUAUUUGAUAUACACUAAAGUUGGUGAUGGGCUACAGGAAAUCACCGAUGGAAGUCAUCUAUUGGAUAUUAAUGGACAGCCAGUAGGUUAGAUAAAAUAAUUAGAGUUAAAACACAUAUAAACUACUGGGUAUUAAAUUUAUUUCUUGUGUAAUAUAAUUAUAGUGCUAUACAAGGGUUAGGUAACACUAAUUAAGACUCAAGGUUGGGUUCCAAGAAUCUCACCUUAUGUAUAGAUUAAGUAAUAUAAUCAGUACUGACAUCACAAGUAUUUAUGUUUAUAUUUUAAAAAACUGACUAUUUUUCUGUAAUUUUAUAAUAGCAAGUCUUCCAAAUCUAAGAUUCUAGAUCUUAUCUUCUAAAUGCUCUUGCUAAAACAUUGAUGAUUUAGUAAUUUGGCAUUAAUUUGCACAAAAAAUAUAGCCUGUGUGUGGUAACACAAUAAAAUUAUUAAUUUUGCAUAAGUGCAGAUCACUAUGUACUAGACGGACAUGACGCUAUUACACUUGUUUUUUUUUUCAAUAUAGUUUUUUGUAUUUUCUGACGUAUAGUAUAGGUUUUUUUUGUAUAGUAACGUCACUGUAGUAUAGUAUGCACCAAAUUUCUAAUCAAAUCUACAAGUUAUACUGUGUACCAGUAGGUGUCAUACCCUCAUUAUGUAUUUAUACACUGCAGCAAAAUGACUUUGUUCAGAGCAGACUAGAAGUUUGGCAAAUACCAUUUAUGCUUCUAAUAAAAAAAAAUUUAAAGUCUACCUGAACAGUAUUUGUGGACUAUUUGAUUUUUUGUAUAUUUAUUUAAUUGUGAAUAAAGGUGCAGGGUGUAUCAUGGGAAUCUCAUCUUUCACUCAAAUGAAGGUGUAAGAAUUUUAAGUAACUACUAGACAAUAAAAUAAGGCUUACAAUAGAGCCACAGUUCAUGAAGUUUUACAUAAGUACUGUGGCUUACUGGAAUUGCUCAAGGAUCAAUAUUUAUUUUUAAUGGGAGCUCUCUGAAUUUGAAUAAGAAUAGGUUCUAUAUUUGUCUAUCUAUUAUUAUGUAUAUUUUGUACCUAUCCGUUCUAUUUACAAUGGGAGUAAGAAAUAAAGAUUUUUAUCAAGAAUCACUUACAACAAAGUUUAUUUACAUAAUAAUAAAAAAAAACAAUAUUUACAAUAAAUGUAAAGGCAGAAUAAUCUGCUUUGCAAAUCUAAUUGUUAUCUUAACACUGGAGAUCACAAUAAAACACUGAACAUAUUCAGCCAAUUCCA